UGAUUGUCAUAACUUUUUUUUUUUUUUUUAAUGGGCUGCUUCCUGUUUUUUUGUGACCAUGUGAUCUGCUCACUCGCUAAUUGGCUCUCGCCCUGCCUGCUUUCGGAGUUCGUAGUCACUGCUGGUCACUCACGCGAGUUGUAGGGGAGAGCGGGACAGCCACCUGGGAUCCCCGAGGAGAAACCCGUGAUGGGGGGUGUCGCGUCCAGCAACCUGCAUGUCGUCAUGCUCGGCCUGGACUCAGCCGGAAAGACGACAGUGCUGUACCGCCUCAAACUCAACGAGUUCGUCAACACGGUGCCCACCAUCGGCUUCAACGCUGAGAGGUUGCGGUUGCCCGUCGGCGGAAGCGGCGUCACGUUCCACGUGUGGGACGUCGGCGGCCAGGAGAAGCUACGGCCCCUCUGGAGGUCCUACAGCCGCGCCGCAGACGGCCUCGUCUACGUCGUCGACUCGGUGGAUGCCGAGCGACUGGAGGAGGCUCGGGCCGAGCUGCAUAAGGUGACGCGUCUGUCGGAGAAUCUCGGCGCCCCGCUUCUGGUCAUCGCCAACAAGCAGGACCUACCUCGCUCGCUGCCGGUGGAGGCCAUUGAGCGUGGACUAGCACUAGGCGAGCUGGCGCCCACCACAUGCUACCACGUGCAGCCCGCCUGCGCCAUUAUCGGCGAGGGGCUGCGCGAAGGCAUGGACAAACUCAUGCGCAUGAUUCACGACAGGCGCAAAAGUCUCGGUGUUGGCAAAAAGCCGCGGCAUAACGGCAGGUGAACUUUAAUGUCACUUUAGUGAGAGUUCGCGAAAGUGUCUGGAGACCAUUCAGCUCAUCAAAAAGCUGUUGAGUUUUGAUUGGUCGUCAAAAAGGACAACUUUGUGGUUUUGAUUUCCUGUAGGAAAUAAUAGAUAUGAUCUGUUCCAAGAUCAAACUGUGCUUAUUGUGAAACCUUUUUGUUUCAUAAACCCUCGAUGCCUGAAUUUACAUACUGUGGAACUCUUUCACUGCCAUUGACAACGAUAGACGUCCAAUCCAUUUUUACUGGGAGGGCUGACAGCGAUCUUUUAAUCCUAACCCUAGUCAAACUGAAUUGGACGUCUGUCACAGUCAAUGAGUUCACAGAAGUACAUCUCAAAAUAUUAAAAAAAGAAAAUUGACAAUACAGCUUAAUACUUGAAAUAAUAAAAGAUUUUUUGAAAAAAGUUCAUUGGAAAAUUAAUUAAAUAUAAAAGAUGAUAAAAUUAUACAUUUUAAAACAAUUUUGGGGAAAAAUUAUGAUCAAUAAAAAUGAAAAAAAUAUUAAUUCCUAAUUUUUUAAUUUAUGAUUUUAUAUUUUCUAUGUUCACUAUUAUUUUUAUAAUUUUCUUUUUAUGAUAUUUGGGGGGUUAAGGAUUUUCUCAUUUUCAGCUGUAUUUUUCACUUUAAUUUUCUAUAUUUAGUAUGUUUUCAUGAAUACUACUUUUAUGUAUUCCUCCAAUGCUUUGUGUAUUAAAUGUAAAUUCAGACAUCAAGUAGUUAAUGUACAUGAACACUUUAAGUCACAGGUCUCAAACCGGUCCUCAAAGGGCCGCAGUGGGUACUGGAUUUCAUUCCAACCAAACGAGAACAAUCCCUUUUCACCAAUCUGGUGUCUAACAAGUGUAAUCAGUUAAUUGCAGUCAGGUGCUGCUUACUUCAGCAGAAACCUCAUUGGUUGAACUGUCUGUUUUGGAUCUGUUGGAACAAAGACCAGGACCCACUGCGGCCCUUUGUGGAAUCGGUUUGAGACCCCUGCUUUAAGUCAUCUUCAAACAAUGACUAAGCAAUAAAACAAUAAUAGUUUGAAACUACUACCUAAACUUGUUUUCUUGAGCAUAUGCGAGACAAAACAUGUCUACAUACGUGUCACCAUAGAUUGUGUGUGUGCAUGCGUGUGUGUGUGCGUGCGCUUGUUUCACAUUAGUGUGAUGAAUGUGUCGCCCAGCUGCUGCUGUUUAGAUGGAGUGAGAACAUGUCUGAAUGGAGACACCCACCAAGCCUCUCAUGUGCACACACACAGAUAGAACAAAAACCCUAUUGAGUAAGAAAAGGAAGGUGUUUUUCUUUUUUUUUUUACUUUUUACUGCACAGGUGUCAAACUAAAGGCCCAGGGGCCAGAUGCGGCCCGCCAUGUCAUUUUGUGUGGCCUGAGAAAGUAAAUCAUCUGCAUCGAACUUUGCCAAAAUGAAAUUGAAAUGAAAUAUGUAGUCAUCAAUAAAAAAGGGAGGGCUACAGAAAUCAAGAGAUUUACCUCUAAAUUUGAAAAUAUAAUGUGAAAAAUGUGAUAGUGUAUCACAAAAGUGAGUACACCCCUCCUAUUUCUGCCGAUAUUUAAGUAUAUGUUUUCAUGGGACAACACUGACAAAAUGGCACUUUGACCCGAUGAAAAGUAGUCUGUUUGCAGCUUAUAUAAUCGAAUUUAUUUAUUUUCCCCUCAAAAUGACUCGAAAUAUAGCCAUUAAUAUCUAAACCCCUGGCAACAAAACUGAGUGCACCCCAUAAAAACUACGUACAUCCCUAAAUGUCCAAAUUGAGUACUGCUUGUUAUUUUCCCUCCAAAAUGUCAUGUGACUCGUUACAGGAGUGCUGUCAGCAUUGCUGCAGAGAUUGAAGAGGUGGGGGGUCGGUGUCAAACCAUACACCACUCUCUACAUCAAACUGGUGUGCAUGGCUGUCACCCCAGGUGGAAGCCUCUUCUGAAGACGGUACACAAGAAAGCCAGCUAACAGUUUGCUGAAGACAUGUCAACAAAGCACAUAGAUUACUGGAACCAUGUCCUAUGGUCUGAUGAGACGGGCGGGCUUUCUUGUGUACCGUCUUCAGAAGAGGCUUUCUCCUGGGGUGUCAUGUUGCAAGGUCCAAUUUCCCUUCAGUUUUAAUUUUUUUCACAGAUGAUCUCACAUGUUUCUCAAGCACCUUCUGAUACACGAUAGAAUUCAUGAUGGAUUCUAUGAAUGUGAGCUGGCCAGGUCCUGCUGCAGUAAAGCAUCCCCAAACCAUGACAUUUCCACCUCCAUGCUUCAUAGUUGGUAUGAGGUUCUUUUACUGCAAUACUGUAUUGGGUUUGCGCGAAACAUGUUCUCUGUUCUGUUGUCUAAAUAAUUCAAUUUUAGAUUUAUCCCGUCCAAAUAACAUUUUUCCAGAAGUCGUGGUCUUUGUCUAUAGUCACUCUGUCAAACUUCAGUCUUGCCUUCAUGUUCUUCUUGGAGAGCAAAGGUUUCCUCCUUGCGCACCUCCCAUGAAGGUUAAACUUGUGAAGUCUCUUUCUGAUUGUAGAGGCAUGCACUUUCACAUCAACAGUAGCAAGAGCCUGCUGUAGGUCUCAUGAUGACAUGUGAGGGUUUUUGGAGACUUAUUUUAGCAUCUUGCGGUCUGCCCUUGGGGUGAACUUGCUUAGACGGCCAGACCUGGGCAUGUUAGCAGUUGUUUUGAAUGUCCUCCACGUGUAGAUUUUUUUUUUUUUUUUUUUACGGAAAGUGGAAUGGCUGAUUUAAAUUUUUUUUUAGAUCUUUUGAAAUCCCUUAACAGACUUUUUGAAGGCUUUAGAAAGCUCCUUUGAUCUCACAAUGGUGUUUUCUCUCAGUUCAACAAUCAGGGGCACACCAAACUAAAUGUGAGGUUUAAAUAAGGCAAACCUCUUUCAAAACACUGGGUAAUGAUGUUCUAAUCAUGUGCACCUGAUGUGAUACACCUGUGUGUGAUUUUAGCCAUUUUAAGUGGGAUUGAAUGUGGGGGUGUCUUAAUUUAUUCCUUAACAGAAAUUGCUUUUAUUUAAAAUUUCAUUUUACAGAGUUAUUUAAAAAAAAAAAAAAAAAAAUUCCCAGUUUUGUUUAGUUCUAUUACUUGAAUCUCUCACGAUUGUUAAAAUUGAUAUUAAAUAUCCAUAUGACCAAAUAUGUUAGAAGACACACAGGCUUAAACAGGGUGUCCUAAUUUUUUUUUUCACAUGACUAUAUGUAUAUAUAUAUCAUUAAAAAAUAUGUUUUUGCCCUUUUAUUUAAAAAAAAAAAAAAAAAAUGCAAAUAAAGAAAAAAAAAACAAUCUCAUGAUAUUUGCUACUAACUCACUGCCUUUGACUGUAAUAGAUGUCCAAUCAUGUAGCGUCCAAUCACCUUUCUGUGAAAUUAAAUUAGUUUAUCACCAGUAGAUGUCCAAUCCAUUUGAGGUUGGAGGGUCGGCGGCUAAUGAGCAAACGUAAAUUUUCUGCCACCCUCCCACUUCAAAUGGAUUGGACAUAUUUGUGCUGUGUUCAAAAAGAGGAUAUUGACAAUUAUUAAGUCAUCAGUAUAUAAAAAAAAUGACUAUUGAAAUAUUUUUUUCCAUUUUAUUUAAAAAACAAUUCAAUAAAAAAUAUGUCCAAGCGAAUAUUUGUUAUUGAACUUAAAAGAGACUCCCUAGUAGACGUCCAAUGAACGAAUGUUCAUGUGUUUUUAUUUGACUUUGAUUUGGUAAUUAGAGAUUUUUUUUCUCAUGAGAUUGCAUUGGUACGGAUAUCUAUCGCUAUAAAUGGCAGCCAAUGAGUUAAGAGGCUAAAAAAAGAACUUGACAAUGUCUCUAUAAAACUAUUAAUUCAGUAUCACCCCUUUUUUAUUAAGUAAAAAAAGUAAGUA